UCAGCUUUUUGAUAUUAGGGUUUAUUUUGGCAAACUCGAUUUCACCUAGCUUUCCUCUGAGCAUCCGCCGCAUCCGUCUACAGAAUGGAUUCUCAGAUCAAACACGCCGUGGUCGUUAAGGUCAUGGGUAGGACUGGUUCUCGUGGUCAGGUCACUCAGGUUAGAGUCAAGUUCACUGAUUCUGACCGUUACAUCAUGAGGAACGUGAAAGGACCGGUCAGAGAAGGAGAUAUCCUCACUCUCCUCGAGUCCGAGAGAGAAGCUAGAAGACUCCGUUGAUUCCAUAUUCCAAUUCUCUUUAAAAACUCUUCCCAACAUUUACAUUUUGAUGGUUUCUUGUUUCUUGGCCUUGUAGUCAAGUUCUCUUCUUUUUGCUGCUCUUAUUUUGUUAAGAUAAUGUUUGAAUCUAGAAAUUAAUCUUUUAUGACGUAAUGAAAAUGUGCCAUUACU